AAAGGGGGUGAGAGCAAGAAACCACAACCAGGAACCAGUCUCGGGAAAAACACCCCAGAAUCAAAUCAGAAUCAUGGAAAAGGGUAGUUUGGAGAAUUAACCCCUCUCUUUCUCUCUGCACAGGAAAUUAACCCCUCUCUCUUUCGCCACCUUUAUGCUUUCGCCUUUAUCUCCACCCAAACAGUACCACACACUCACCUUCCACUCCUCACUUUCCAAACCAUGGAUCCGGACGCAUUCACAGCCAGCCUAUUCAAGUGGGACCCACGCACCGUCCUCCCCGCCGCACCGCCCUCCCGGCCCCCGCCGCCGCUCCUAGACUAUGCUGUCGCCCCUCCCUCAGUCGCCCCGUCUUACCACCCCGCGAGGGCGGUGCCCCGCGAGCUCGGAGGCCUCGAGGAGCUUUUCCAGGCCUACGGCAUCCGCUACUACACGGCUGCCAAGAUCGCCGAGCUCGGGUUCACGGUGAGCACGCUGGUGGACAUGAAAGACGAGGAGCUCGACGACAUGAUGAACAGCCUCUCCCAGAUUUUCCGCUGGGAUCUCCUCGUCGGUGAACGCUACGGCAUCAAAGCCGCCGUCAGAGCCGAACGACGUCGCAUCGACGACGAGGACAUCAAACGCCGCACUGGCAACCUCCUCUCCACCGACACCACCACCACCACCACCAACGCCCUCGAUGCCCUCUCUCAAGAAGGUUUGUCGGAGGAGCCAGUGGUGCAACGAGAGAAGGAGGCGGUGGGGAGCGGGGGAGGGAGCACGUGGGAGGUGGUUGCGUUGGAGGAGAGGAGGAAGCAGCAGAGGAGGCGGAGAACGAAGAUGAAGGAGCAGGAGGAGAAGGAGGAGGUAGAGGAUGAGGAGGGAGAAGAGAACGAGGAGGGUAACAACAACAGUGGUGGAGGUUGUGAGAGGCAGAGGGAGCACCCGUUCAUCGUGACGGAGCCUGGGGAGGUUGCACGUGGGAAGAAGAAUGGGUUGGACUAUCUGUUUCACCUCUACGAGCAGUGCCGCGAGUUCUUGAUGCAGGUCCAGGCCAUCGCGAAGGACCGCGGUGAAAAAUGCCCCACCAAGGUGACAAAUCAGGUGUUUAGGUACGCGAAGAAAGCUGGAGCGAGCUACAUCAACAAGCCAAAGAUGCGACACUACGUCCACUGCUAUGCCUUGCACUGUCUGGACGAGGAGGUGUCGAACGAGCUUCGUAGGGCGUUCAAGGAGAGAGGAGAGAACGUUGGAGCGUGGAGACAAGCAUGUUACAAGCCCCUUGUGGCCAUCGCAGCGCGUCAAGGUUGGGAUAUUGAUGCCAUAUUCAACGCCCACCCUCGUCUUUCCAUUUGGUACGUUCCCACCAAGCUCCGUCAGCUUUGUCACGCCGAGAGAAACACAGCCGCCGCUUCCAGCUCUGUCUCUGUCGGCAGUGCUCACCUUCCCUUCUAGAUAUGCAUGUAUUGCUGCUUCAGUAACUGCCAUAGUUAGUAAUAGAUAUAUUUAGUUACUAUUAUUAUUAUUAUAUGAGUAGAACCUCCCAGCCACGUUAUGAAAUGAACAACAUAUGUAUAGCAACGGAGGACUUUUUUUAGCAACCAAAAAAUGCGUAUCUCGAUUACCUAUCUUUCAUAAAUCAUUUACUUC